AUGUUUCCAGUAGCACAAUAUGAAACUCAUGAAAAUGCUUUGCCCAGACUUUUAGCAAUAGGUAAUUUUACUAAAAAUGGGCAAUGUUAUGCAAGUGCAACUACGACAAGACGAAUUAGUGUUUUUGAUUCAACUUUAUCACCAGAACAAGCUAAAUCUUUCGUUAAUGCUGGACAAAAAAUCACAUGUAUGGCAUCAGUACGAAUUAAAGAUCAAGAUUGUUUAGUAAUUGGAACAGAUAAUUCUCUUCAAGUUUUUAAUGUCGAUCAAAACUCUCAAGUUUUUUCUAAUUUAUUAACAGAUGGCGUAUACUCAGUUUCUAUCGAUUCAAAUAUUAUUUAUGCGGGCGGAAAUACCGAAAUUUACGGAUAUGAUUAUAAUGGAGAAGAAACAUUUUGGACAGUCACAGGAGAUAUAGUAUCUGCUAUGUGUAUCGCUGAAAUUGGUGGUGUUAAAUCUUUACUAGCUGCAUCUAACGAUCUCAAAAUUGUUCAAUUUUCUGGGGGAGAAUCAAAAAGAGAGAUACGAAUUCAUCAUAAAUGCAUCAUAAUGAAAACUAUAGAACCAGAGAAGUUUGUUGCCGCUUUUGAAAACGGCUCUGUUGCGCUAUACGAUAAAAUGCAGAAAAUCUGGAACUAUGCAACGCAAAACGAGAUUGUUGGCAUGGACCUCAUAGAUUUUUCUGGUCGUAAGACUAAAGAUGUCAUACUUGCAUGCUCAGAAGGUGAUCUUUCUUUCCUAGAUAUCUCAAAUGGCCAAGUUACUAAGCAGGAAACGAUGGAUUUCAGAUUGGCAGCACUAGGACUUGUUGAUUUCAAGGGAGAUGGUCGUAAUUUCCUUGUUGUUUGCGGUUCCAACGGUUCAAUCAGAGUAUUUAUGCCAAAAGGAGCCGAAGGACUUGGCCAAGAAGCCAAACAAGCCUUCGACCUUCGUCAAGCCCAGCCAAAGUACAUCCAGGAGAAAGCUGGGCUUCUAAUGCGAAGAAAUGAACUCCAAGGUCAAAUUACAACUCCAGAUACAACAAAAGUACCGAAUGGACCACCUCCUGGCAUGAAAGGAUCCUAUGUAUUAGGUAAAAACCUCGAUGAGCAGUGCAUUGAGCUCAAAAUCAAGACAGAACCUCCAACACCAAUCCAAGCAACUUUAGUUGAAUGUCCAACAACUUCUGGCUCGAAUUACAUUGUUUUCGACAUAAAUAACCCGGCUCAGCCUGUCCAUAAAAUACUCCUCUGGCUUCCUACAGAUGUAACAGGCCUCAUGUGUGUCGAAGCAUUCGUUUCCGGAGUUGUUUUGCCAUUCAACUUCGAAUUCCAAAAAUUUUAUGGUUUUGGCGAAGUCAAAAACGCGAAACCAUCCGGAUACGCGGAAUUUACAGCGAAAGGGGAUAUCUUUGGCCAGUUUGUUUCUAAGAACUUCCUUUCCAAGAACGAGCCGAGUGGAGAUUUCCGACUUUGCUUUGCUAGUGUCAGUGAGUUAGAACCAUUAGUUCUUUCCAUCAAUGGAAACAUCGCGAGAGUUGAAUGCGAUCGUGUGACAACAGCAGCAAGAAUUUGCUCUGAGUUCUGUGAUUUCUGUUCUCUAAAGGAGUUCAGCUGUACAGCUCAUUUCCCUGAUGAUAUCGAAGAACUCAUGGCAAGUGUCCAACAAAGCGGAGAUCUCGAUGACACUAAAAAUGUUCACAGAGCUGAAAUUGCUGGAUUGAUUCAGAGUGUUAAAGAUACAAUUGUUAGAAUAGAAAAUGCUGAAAUGGUUGAGCAAUACAAGACACUACACAGCUCAGUUCUAGAAUGCGAAAGACUUAACAGCGAAUUAUCUCGCGAACACACAAAAAGAAUGACAAAUAAGAACACAAUUGGUUCAGGAAACCAAAAAGUAAAUUCAAUGAUUCAAUCAUUUGCAGAACUUAGAAGAGGUAACGCACGAAAUGUCUUGCUACAGUUAACAAGGAAUGCAUUGCAAAACAAAGAACAUAACAAGUUACCUUACAUUCUUGAGUUUGGCCAUGAUAUUGUUUCCAAAUAA